UUUCUUACAGAUGUGUGAAGUCACAAGUGUAGUAUAUUUAACAAAAUUGACUCACAACAUUAAUAAAAUAAGAAGUAUUUGAAAAGAAUAUAAAAAGAGAAACCAGUUUGAUACAAGUAUAAAAUUGUUUAUUCUAACUAAGAAUUGGGAAAUAAUCCCUUUAAAGUUGUUUUUGUGAUUGCUUUUUGGCCACAUGCUAUAAAUAAAAAUGUGUGCUUACAAAGCAACAAGUGAUGGAGGUAAUGGAAUUUUUGGAGUAAAGACAGUUGGCUCAAAAAGUUAUCUGAGAUGAUGUCUUCUUUAUGUUUAUUUUAAUGCUGUAUUUCUCUCUUACUUCAGAAAAAGCAUUCAUUGAGUUGCUAAAAAUGUUCACUCUUUCAGCUUCUUCAUACUUGGAUCUUAAUACUUGUAGACUGAACUGAAAAAUACAAGCUUUCAAAAUUAAUUUUGCUCACCAGUGAUAUUCCUAGGAAUUUAUUAAAGAAGAAACGUAGAUAUAAAAAUUUCUUGUCCUGAAAAUGUGUAUUGUCUUACUUUUAAAUAAAAAACAUUGAUAAUAGCCUAAAUGUCCAAUAGCUAAGAACUCAUUAGGUAAAGUAUGAUGCAUGAGGUUGAUGUGUCCUAAUCAUUGUGCUUCCAUUAAAUGAAAAUUGCGAGAAGACUUUUAAAAGCAAAUGGGAAAAUGUUCCUCUACUGAUUAGAGAAAGAAAAAAAACAGGAAAAAUGUAUUUGCAAUAUGAUUACAGAUAAGCAGAAAAUCCAUAUGUAUGUGGACAAGGACAGAAAGGGAACCAAGAGAGAAUGUUGGGCAGGGACUGAAGGUACAUUUUCCUAUUGUAAAGCUAUUUGUGGCUUAAAUAAAACUAGUUUUACAAAGUAGAUUGUGCUGUGAAUUGGACGUUUUGCCAAGGAAUAGUUUUGGAGCAGCCUUUCAGACAAGUGGGGAAGUUGAUGCACUCAUCUCUCAUGUCCAGGCAAAUUUCACUUCACCUGCCAGAUCAAUGCAGGGUGUAUUCCCAGCGCCCUAUUGUUGGGAAUACCAAGCAAACAUGCCAUGUUGCUUACACCUUACAGAUGCCUGUUGGCAUUAGACUUGAAUUCCUUAGAUACUGACACAGCACAGGGUCACUGUGUAGUAACUUGGGUUAGCUCGGUUGUUCUGUGUUUAUUUGAAGUUAGCUCAGAAAUUAUUCUUGAAGUAGUAUAUAAACCAUCCCUUCAUUAACUUGAUCCAAAUAACUCCUACCCCUUAUCUAAUGAAAUUAUCUUUUGAGUUUCCUCUGUAGAUGUCCUUAAAUGCCAUUUCUCCAUGCAUCACUGACUAAGACCUCCUAGUUGCUACCUUAAAUACUUUGCAUCUCAAAUGGAGCAUGCUGAUUUCUCUCCCACCUUCUGCACAUGGACUCCUGUUUUUGCCAACUGCAGAAUCUCACCACUCACUAAAGCUGGAGUCGGGCAUCACCUCCAGCUCCCUGUCCUCUAGCACCAUGGCAGUCUACCUCUGAAGUAUACCCUACCUAUGUGACUGCUGGCCAUGCCCAUCCACAGGCCCCCAUGUGGGCUUGUCUCUCUCCAGGACUGUGUUAACAUGCCACCCACUUGGAAGCACAGAGACCUGCCUGGAAACCUUCUGAGACCCCCCAGUACCCAGACAGCAAAUGCACAACUCCUUAGUUUGAGCAUUUAGGACUUCCUGCCAUCAGGUUCGCUUUCCUCUCACACAGACCUCUGUGCAGCUGUUGCUCCCGUUGCCCUGAGGGUCCUGAAGGCCUUGCCUAGAAUAUUCCUCAGACCAUUCCUCCAACGGGAAAGCUGUGCUUCCUGGAUUGGUGACGUUAAAAAGAUUUUUUUUCCAUUACCACAUUCUAAACUAGGGCAUGAUACUACACAUGGAAUAAGAAUUUGGGCACCAUUUGGGAUUCUGUGUCCCUGUCUUAUUUGACAAAAGUGCAUAUUGUUGGGAGGAUGAGGGUAGCAUUUAAAAAGGAGCUUGCUUAUAGCCUUAGUAAUCAUUAAAACAAAACAGAAAAGAGCCUUAUCUGUGGCAGUGCAGUAGUUUGUUUCUGUGCACACACAACUGAAAUACCGUUUGUGCAGAGAGACAGAGAGCGAGCGCGGUGGCAGCCUGACAUAAACAAGUGAGGAGGCGGACAAUGAGUGCAUUGGCGGUUGUUGCACUUUUUGUUUUCUUUAUAUCCUUUAUCCUCAAGAGUUCCAACCUCCCCCUCAUCCAGUUCCUUAAAUAAAUGUGUUACUUAAUGAAUUUUUCUUCAUAUGCCUCUGGCAGGACAUUGUUGAAGCUUCUUUUUCCCCCACUACAACAAAAGGCAGAGAAUAGUGUUUUUGAGCUUUUGAGAGGCCUGGCUACUGUAUCCAAUAGAGGUAUAACCAAGAAUCGGGUUUUCAUAUUUUUGAAAAUAAAAAUAUGAGAUUAAAUGUCUUCUGAUAAUAUAUCAGCUCUAAAAAAUGUCUUUAUUUGUUCUAUCUAAGUGUUUCUUUAAUAGUUCUAUUAAGAAAAUAUGGAGGGGGUUGGUUAUGAAAAUUGAAUAUUUUAAUAAUGUUGUAAGGUGUCCCACAUAUCCCACUUUUUUUCUACCAUGUUCCAGAGAGGAGUAGAAAGAGAAUUUUUUUCAUAAUAUCCAGAGAAUGACUGUGAAAGGGAUAAAAGAAUUUAAACCUUUUAAUAUAUGUGUAAAAAAUAGUGUUUGCAUCAUGAAGACAUUUUUCUAAACUCAUUACAAUAUUGGGGAGGUAAUUCUUUAAGUGAUCAGAUCUUUUAAGUGUGUUUGAGAAACAAAAUAAAGUAGUCUCGAUUUAGGAAUUAGCUAUUUAAAAUGCAUAUUAUUCAUCCCUAUAUUUGAACAAUUUGUCCAAAAUAGAGUCCGUUCAUAUAGGAUUUUUCCUGUUGAGAACUCAGUGAGAAUCAAUCAGUACUUUCUUUGUUUGUCACCAUGGAAACCAGUCAGCCUAUCCGGAAUGGCUGUUAGAUCAUACAGAACGGUGCUCCUGCCUCAGCCUAACUUCCUCACUGAGUGAGCUGGCGCUGACUGCUCCCGGCCCGCUCUUGCCUCCCGGGAGCCCAGUGCCAUGCCCGUGCAGGGCGCGCCCCGGCGGCCCUCGGCCGUGCACUUCCUCAGCGCCUUCCUCCAGGGCCGCCGGCAUUCCACCUCGGACCCCGUCCUGCGGCUGCAGCAGGCCCGGCGCGGCUCUGCCUCCAGCUCUGCCACGAAGCUCUUGUCCUCAUCCUCCCUCCAGGUGAUGGUGGCUGUGUCUUCAGUCUGCCGUGCCGAGGGGAGCCCAACUUUCCCCGAGAGAAAAAGAAAUUCAGAACGUCCAACACCAAAGUACACAAAAGUAGGAGAGCGUUUACGGCAUGUCAUUCCUGGACAUGUGGCAUGUUCCAUGGCGUGUGGUGGUAGAGCAUGCAAGUAUGAGAACCCAGCCCGCUGGAGCGAGGAGGAGCAAGCCAUUAAGGGGGUUUACUCGUCCUGGGUCACUGAUAAUAUCCUGGCCAUGGCCCGCCCAUCCUCGGAGCUGCUGGAGAAGUACCACAUCAUUGAGCAGUUCCACAGCCAUGGAAUAAAAACAAUAAUCAACCUGCAGCGCCCUGGUGAGCAUGCUAGCUGUGGGAGCCCUCUGGAACAAGAAAGUGGUUUCACGUACCUUCCUGAAGCUUUCAUGGAGGCUGGCAUUUAUUUCUACAAUUUUGGAUGGAAGGAUUAUGGUGUAGCGUCUCUUACGACCAUCCUAGAUAUGGUGAAGGUGAUGACAUUUGCCUUACAGGAAGGAAAACUAGCUGUUCAUUGUCAUGCAGGGCUUGGUCGAACAGGUGUUUUAAUAGCCUGUUACUUAGUUUUUGCAACAAGAAUGACUGCAGACCAAGCAAUUAUAUUUGUGCGGGCAAAGCGACCCAAUUCCAUACAAACCAGAGGACAGCUACUCUGUGUAAGGGAAUUUACUCAGUUUCUGACUCCUCUCCGCAACAUAUUCUCUUGUUGUGAUCCCAAAGCACAUGCUGUCACCUUAGCUCAAUAUCUAAUUCGCCAGCGUCAUCUCCUUCAUGGUCAUGAGGCACGACUUCUGAAACAUGUGCCAAAAAUUAUCCACCUUGUUUGCAAAUUGCUGCUGGACUUAGCUGAAAACAGACCAAUGGUGAUAAAGGAUGUGUUUGAAGAACCUGGUCUUUCUGCUGAAAUCGAAAAGACUGUGUCUGAGAUGGUCACAAUGCAGCUGGACAAAGAGUUACUGAGGCAUGACAGUGAUGCAUCUGACCCGUUUAACCCCACUGCAGUCGUGGCAGAUUUUGAGAAUCAGGAUGUGAUUCUUUCCAGUGAGCAAGAGUUUGACCCCCUUUGGAAGAGGCGGAAUGUUGAGUGCCUUCAACCCCUGACUCAUCUGAAAAGGUGCCUCAGCUACAGUGACUCAGAUUUAAAGAGGGCUGAGUCCCUCCUGGAACAAGGGGAGACUCCAGGGACGGUGCCUGCCCAGGUCUUGCUUUGCCACAACCCCAGGCAGCAGAAGCCUAUUAGCCACUGCUAUGUCCCACAGUCUCUAGGACUAGAUUUACACAAGGAAGCAUUGGUUCGCAGCACAUUUUCUCUGUGGAAUCAGUCUAAGUUUGGAGGCUUAGAAGGACUCAAAGAUAAUGGGUCGUCACUUUUCCACAUGAGUAACAUUCCAAAGGAAGCACAGCAGAGUAGAGCUUUCUCUGAAGGUGUUUCAGGCUCACACAGCCCUGUGGAACCAGUUUCACCCAACUUUCCAAAUGCCCAUAAGGAUCUAAACCCUUCUCACCAGCAAGUAGCACACUGUCGGUGUGAAACUCAUGGUGAUUGGGGUCCUGGCUCUGUCAAGGAGGACAGCAGGACUCACCGAAGCCCUCUGGACUGUGGCUCCAGUCCCAAAGCACAGUUCUCAGCUGGACAUGAAACCCAGGACGACAAAGAUCUUUCCGAAGCAAUUCCACACUCUGCUUUGCUGUCUGGAUUGAGUGUGGAAGCAAGAAGAAUACUGGCAGCCAAAGCCCUGGCAAAUUUAAAUGAGUUUGCAGAAAAGGAGGAAGUGAAAAGGAAGGUAGAAAUGUGGCAGGGACAACACCAGACUAUUCUCUGUGUGUUACAUUGCAUCGUGAGCCUGCAGACGGUUCCCGUGGACGUGGAGGAAGCCUUCCUUGUUCAUGCCAUUAAAGCUUUCACUAAGGUUAAUUUUGAUUCUGAAAAUGGACCAGUAGUUUACAGCACCCUGAAGAAAAUAUUUAAGCACAUUCUGGAAGAAAAAAGAAAAAUGACAAAAGACAGCCCUAAGCCUGGUCUCUAGUGAAGCUGACUUUCCUCAUGAUGAAUACUUCCGACCUAAAUAUCCAGUUCAUAUGAGAAUAAGUUGAAGUUUGUGGAGCUACUUUUUCCCAUAGCACUUUACUUUGAAUGCUUGUCAUUUGUGCUGACAACGAUCAUUCCUAGUUGGAGCAAUUAUUUAUUUUAAAGUAUCCUUGAGCUACAUUUUUGUUUUGGAAAAUUGCCAUAAAGUUGGUGCCACUUUCUUUUAUUUAUUUGACUGAAUUUAUGUUGUUGUAUUAACAUUUUAAAUGUGUGGUGUUUACAUUCUUAUUCUUUUUGACGUUUUGGAGAAAGUUGUAACUUGUCUUUCCAAAACAACCAUUUUCUUGACAGAACUCUUCCUGGAGUUUUUACCAAAUAGAUAAUUUCAGUAGUCAAACCUCACUGUGUAUCCGUCCCCCUGACAUAUGACCUAAGAAAGUCACCAAGUGUCUUAAACUGUUUUAUAUUUGUUACUAAGAAGGCUAUUGAUACAAUAUUUUUAAAGGAUUUUUUUAAAACUUUCUUUGAAAUUAUUUGUUUUUCCUUUUCAUCUUACAAAUGUGACCAAGGGUUUCAAAGUGUGUUAUUUUUCAGAGUGAUUUAGCUUUACUUUAAUGGAGUGACUGUGAAGUGGUUGGGAUUUUUACUUGUAGUAAGUAGACUUGCUCUUUGUCAGGCUUCCAGACAACUUUGCCAGCCUCAGCUGUCACAAGGAGGCAGAAGCAGUUCUCAACACACCAAGCCUUAUUCCCACUCCUUUGGGUUGCUGCUGAGCUAAACAGCAUCUUUACAAAGGCAGUGGAUCAGAGGCGGGCAGUGUGGGAAGUUGCUAAGAAGCAGGACUUGCCUCUGUUUUCCCAGGGAUUCCACAGGGACAGUCUUGUGGGGCCAGGGCUCUAUGCCAGCCCUGCUUUAUCAGGGUGCUGUGGCCACUCUGCAGAGGCAACUCUUGGAGCUGGAAGAAGUCAGGGCUGGGCCACUGCUCAUGCUGAUGGUAUAAUUAGCAUGAGCAGCCUGGCCCUGGCCCUACACUCCCAAAUCUGCCACUCUAAAGACCCAUUUGCCUCAGGGCUCUACCUUUUGCUGCUUUUUUACCAUGAGAAUUAAAAUUUUUAAAUUGAAUUUGACCCUAUGCAGGUUACUUGCACCCUAACUGACAUCAGAUAAGAAAAGAUGUCUACCUAAGCUAGUUCAUUAUAGACCAAACUGUCUAUCAGCAAUUGAAGCCAUGACUUUUGUUUAAAUUAAUAUGUAGUGAUACAAGAGGCCAUGCCAUGGACAGGAUAGUAGUUUUUCCCCAUAAAGAUGAUACUAAUCAGACCAAUUUCAUACUGAAGAAGCUACUAUUAACACUUAAUCUUAAAAAUGGAAUUUCAGGGGAAACAAGACUAAUUUAGAACAAAUAAAAUUUCUCCAACUCCUACAUUUCUGAAUUAAGAUCUAGCACAUCAAAAAUAUUUUAGUCAUUAUCAGUCUAACUAACUCUAAUGGCAAAAUGCUAAAUGCAGCAUUCUUCCACACUGUAUUUUCUUGGGAAAUCAAAUCCAAGUUAAUGAACUGGGUUGCCCACUCCUGAAAUGUCUUAUUCUCAAGUGCCUGGCCUGGGAAAGACAGAAGGAAACAGUUGCAUUUCAUCCAAGGUUAUAUUAUAAAAAUAGGGUUUUUACCCCCCAAAAUAGUUUGUUCUCAGUCAGCUACACAUAGGCAAGUGACAUGACAGCUCUUUUGACAAGCCAGAUGUUCGUUUGCCUAUGCAUCUGAAACACUUGUUUCAAAUUAGGGAGCAAUCAUGAUGUGACCACAGCACUGCAUGUCUAAAAGUCUAAGCACACGAACCUGGAAAGUCUGAAAAAGAGAUAUGAUGGGGGAAAUUAAUCAGGCUACAAUACAAGUAUUGUAUUUAUUGGAAUAAAAGUGAAAAAAAAUC